AUGUUCGUUCGUGAACGCACCCCGCUCCCUUGUGGGCCAGCCUUCGCUGGACUCCGCCAUUCUCCUAUCAACAUCGGCCUCGCCGCCGGCGUCGUCGCUCUUCAACAGUCCCCCUUCGGCGGUCGCACCGCUGUGGCUUUGGCGACGUCGGGCUUAGUCGGUGGUGCUACUCUCGCCUACUUCGUCCAAGCCCACUUCAACCGUCGCGUCCUCGCCGCUCCUGUGAACAUCACCUCUAGCAAUUUGUACCAUACCGCCAUUGUUCAUCCCUCCUGCCCUCUCGGUUCCUCGUCGUUUGGCUCGGGCGAUGCCCUCGGUAACCUCAUCUGCCCAGCUCCGUUCGACUAUGGGGAGCCUGGCCCGGCAUGCGACUCGCUCUCCCAGAUGAAUGCCUUGGAGCUCGACAACUGGUUCAGCACGGCGAUUUCCUCUUGCGAAGUUGGUGAUGCUCCUGGAACCGACCUUAUGGUCUUGCCUUUGGUACCACCUACCCCGCCCUUGCGCAGCGGCUGCACCGAUGUUGGAAAGCAUAUUCCGGGGGAUAUGAUCGUCUACGGCACAGUUGAACGUAGCCUUUCUAUUUAUCAUGGUGCUACGUGCCCAGUCACGUGGAUUGGCGGCAACAAAGAUUUCUCUUCCAUCCAUGACGUCCAGGAGGUUUCUCGAGUUUCAGAGGAUCUCUCUUCCGUCCACAGUGUCCAGAAGGUUUCUCAACCACCUUCAUCCUCUUCGGUCCAGUGUUCGACUCUCGAAGACCUUAAUCUCGAGUCGAUCAUCGUCGGUCUCACCUUGCUCUCUGGCCUGCACAAACGCCGUGGUAUCCCUCUCCGGACACCCGCUGUCAACGAGCAUGUUCCUAUCAAAUCAAUCUCCGCUGUUUCUGUCCCGUCGCCUCGGAACUCUCGCCUCGUCCCAACUAUGAUGGACUUCCAACUCGCCGCUAGCGCUCUUGUCGCUGCCGGCAACCCAGAACCGUCCGAUCGCACUCUGAUGAUCGCCCAACAUAUCCGAGGAGUCUUCAACUGCCUCUGUGUCGUCUUCGCCCUAUAUUUGAUCAUGAUCUGUAUCUUCAAGGCCUCUGUCAACACUAAGUUUAAAGUUUCCUUCAAUUUCACUAAAAGGGAUGUUCGAACACUCCCUGUCGCCUUGUCUUCCGCGUCUGUACCCGCCAACGAGGAGAGUGACGAGAGCGACGAUUUCUUUUCCCUUCCGUCCACACCAAGGCAUCUCGAUGUCGCAUCUGCUGAAGCCACCCAAAUCACCCCUGUCGAGGACCAAAACGUGUCCUCAUUCGUCGACACCCCAUCAGUGGUGCCCAAAUCUGAGCAGGAGGCGGCUGCGCUCGUCGUGGAGCCGGUGUCUGAAGAGGCUCACCUCUCAAACAACGACGAUGUUGAGGAAAAGGUGAACGAAGAAAUCAUCUCUUCUGUCGAACUCGAGCCAAUUCUGGAUGAGGAUCCUUCCUCAACCGUCUCUGGCGGGCUCGACCCCAAGGCUUCUCCUUUCGUCCCUACCAUCCUCAGACUAUCUGCUGCAUCGACCUCUGCUGCUCUUGAAACUGUCGACGACGACGCUCCUCUUUCUCCUUCUGCCAUCCUCACCCAUGUCUCUGCCCGACCUCCUGGUCGCCGUCGCCGAAAGCACCACCGGAAGAACAAGAACAAGGCGGUCGAGAUCACCCUCAAACUGCACUUUCCCGCAUACAACACUCCGGAUCUCCAAGGCGGCAUGUAUGGAUUCAACGACUUCGAUAUUCUCGAUACGCAACCGCGACUACUGCACCAAACCUGUCUGCGCGACGCGACUCUCCCGCUCUCCUCCUCUCUUCCACCCACGCACUCCAACAGCCAGCACACUUCCUCCAAGAGCGUCAGCGUGCUGACGAGCUUGUCUGCGCUCUCCAUCGUCGGGAUCAGGGUGGGGUGUCGCCUGACGAGGUUGGCACCCUGCCCUACCCUCCGCACCACACUCCCAAUUGCGCGUGUCGUUCAGGGCGUUGACGAACGUCUUGCUUCGUGCGCGGGAGUCGUGGUGUUCGGUGUGCAGGUCGGGGUUGGCGGGCUGACGAGCUUUGCUGCCUUUGAUCUGUGCAUCGACGACGAUGGCCUCCGGUAA